AUGUUGGCCAGGAUGCACUCCCCCGCAUCGCCUUCAGCGCAGGCACAGGCACCUCCGUCCACGCCGUGCAAAUCGCCCAUCCUGGACGUGACCGAAACCCUAUCGUUGCACAGCGAAAUGGAGCUGGAAUUUGAACCGAAAAAAUCGUUGUAUUCCUUUGGAACUCCGCACAGUCACGGUCAUAGUCACAGUCACAGUCACAGCCUACGCCUGCAGGGCCUCAGUAUUCCCAACCUGAUCAAUGGCAAGAACUCCGCCGGAGCUGCUGCUGCUGCUGCGUCCACUCUGCCCGCCUUCGAGUACAUUGCUCCGCCCAACCACGCGCUGCAUGCCCUGGAGUUCCCUCUGAUGGAGUUGAAUCAUCGUGUGGGCGUUGUGGGCGGCAUGUUUCCCGGCUUCUUGCACCGACGGUCCCGCGGCGAGAAGCGACCGAUUCCUGAUGCUCAGAAGGAUGCCAAGUACUAUGAGCGGCGGAAGCGGAAUAACGAGGCGGCGAAAAAGUCCCGGGAUGCCCGCAAGAUACGAGAGGAUCGCAUUGCGUUUCGGGCCGCUCUUCUGGAGCAGGAAAACUCCAUCUUACGGGCUCAAGUGCUGGCCCUACGCGACGAAUUGCAGACGGUGCGACAGCUCCUGGGCGCCACUGCCGCCGGUGGCCUGCUGUCGAUGCCUCGCCAGAUGUGAGGCCGAAGCCUAUGGGGCCAGUCCUCUGUACAUAGACGUGAAGUGGGGGAGCAGUGAUCUAGUUGUAGUUCUGUGGUGCAUGUUUGUUAAUAAAUGUUCGAAUUGAU